AAACAAACGAAUCCGUCGGGAACGAAGCGUCAAAGGCGCGAGAAAACGCGUUUUUCGUUUCUCCGGCAAAAAAACGGGGAAAAGCGGCGAAUCGCAGUAAAGUCGACACUGCGAAAAAGUCUGCUGGGGUAAAACGAGAAGACCGUCUGCGCGCGAGGAAGAGGAAACUUUUUGGGUGCGAGAACCGCGUCGCGAUGCAUGCAAAAACGUCCACGAGCGGUGAACCCCAAGCCGAGAAGGAAAACGAUGUUCGCAGGGUGGAGAAGCGAGCGCAAAAUUGCCUUUCUUCAGCGACAUGCGCGACCCGUGUCGCGCUCUCCAGACGUCCCCUCCCUCAGCUGCGCGGAGUUCCGCGUUCGACGCGUUUUUUACCUCUGGACUGUGUAGAAGAACGAAAUGGAGGGAGACAGAGGUGAAACAGAAAGGAAAAGAAGAGAAACGCAAGGGGAUGACAAGAGAGGCGAAGGACACCCUUCAGGUUCCGUCGUCGAAUCAGGCCGAACACUGGGGUACAACUGAUGCGUCAGACUCCUGCGGCUUCUCUUGUGUAAGAACUGGAAAUGUCCUGUGGCUCACUGAGACACCGUGGCUCGGGCAGAGACCGCGACGACGCAAACUUGGGAAGGUCGCAUUUCUCGACCGCGAAAUCCUGGAAAAUAUGGCAAACAGCUCUGCAUGCACGAUUUACGCUCGCUGUUUCUCGGACACACCGUCUGCAAACAACGCUCAAAAACACUUGGGUAGGCUGCGGUAAGUUGCAGGAAAUGCGUUUUUGAAGAAGGGAGAACGGCGGUGAUUGAAGCGGGAGAAGAAGAGGUCAACAUCUGUGUAUACGUAAGAAAGCGCGGACAGAAGGAAGCUGCUCGCGGCAGCCGAAGGCAGAGAGACCGAGUCGCGCACACCAGGUUUCUGGGCGAACUCGGCUUUACAGACACCGCGCCGAGUUGAGAGGAAGACAGAAAAAAAACG